UAAGCACUAAAACUUGUCAGCAAAAGGGGAAGAAACCUAAAGCGUUUGAUAGGUUGACAGAAUAUUAUCAGAAAUACAGAUUGCACAUUGUUCAAUGAUGUGUGUGGGUUUAUUAAUUGAUAUUGAAGUAAUGAUGUAUAACGCUCUUCUUCAUGCAGAUUUGACUUGUUUUAGAAUGGGUGUUUGGUGUGCGCUGUGGCAGUAAUGGCUGCAGUGAUGAGAAAUGUCUCUGGAAGCCAUGUGGAGGCCCAGCUGAUCUAUGCCAUCACACUGCCCGUCUCCUGUGCCAUCAUCCUGAUCAACCUGCUCAUCAUCCUGGGCAUCACCUGCAACCGGCAGCUUCACAACUCGCAGAACUACUUUUUUCUGAGCCUGCUGGUGGCUGACUUGUGCACCGGUGUGGCACUUCCAUUCAUUCCCUGGAUGGGCCUCAACCGGCCUCUCAGCUUCUCGUCCUGCUUGUUGGUGCACAUCUUUCCCAAUUUUCUGUUUCUGGCCUUUCUCUUUAAUCUAGUGCUGGUGCAUUAUGAGCGUUACCGGAGCAUCGUGAGUCCGCUUCAGCGCAGACAGUUCUGGCUACAUCGGCGGUUCAUGUUGCCGCUGCUGGCCGCCUGGAUGCUGCCGCUGCUGUUUGCGCUGUUGCCUGCUUUCGGGUGGAACAACAAGGCAAUUUACGAUCGGAACGAGUGUUGUCCAAUGACCAACAGCACAGCACGCUCUAACUGCGUAACGCUGACCGGAGAGCGUUGCUGUACGUACCGCAGUGUCUUCCCAAACGCUUUCAUCUAUUUGGAAGUAUAUGGUCUACUGGCACCCGCCAUCCUCUCCAUUGCUGCCAUGACAUGCCGGGUGCUGUGGAUCACACGGGAGAAGCUGAGGGACAUCCAGCGGCUGCAAAGAGCUGUAGCAAACAGGAAGUGCAGGAGGAGAAUGGAAAUGCGUUACGCUUGUUGUGUGGUGGCUGUUUCCCUUGCCUUUCUGACCUGUUGGGUGCCCUACAUCGUUUAUACCCAUGUAGGUGUAGAGUUUUUGGUUCGACGGGAAGGAAAGAGCAAUCGCACUGGCCACAUUGUUCUGUCCUGCGUUGGCAUCGGGGGCAUUGCUGUCGUGCCCUUGCUUUUGGGACUCGCCAACAGGGAGUACACAGAUCCGGUUAAGAAACUGUUCCGCAAACUGCGGCACCGCUACGGAAAUAUAAGCGUAGAAAUAGACACUAACCUUCAAUUCAGUUGAUGUGACUGUCGAUUAAGGUUAAUGUUUAUAGAAUUCAGUUAAAGAUAUCCAGAGCUGGUUUCAAUUCUAUCUUUUCCAGUGAGUAUUGAGACUAAAUGUCAAGAAAAUCUUAAGAUCUUUGUUCAGUGAGAGUGUUUGUAUAGACGCAACGGCUGUGACGCUCAUCUGCACUGAGCACGGAGACUUUAUUCACACAAGCCUGAAUCUGAAGAUAGGCUGGUUUAGGCAUUGUCAUUUUUUUUAUUUCUUUUUUUUUGUUUUUGCCUCAUACAGAUUUUCAGUCAGAUACUUGUUUUUG